ACCCUCCAAAAAAAAGAUGAGGUCACAUCACAUAAAGAAACAGUCCGUCAUAUGAAGACCACAACACGAACUCAACUACCUGGAUGUGUUGCCUUACUACAAUAACAACUGGGGUCGUUGAAGGCUCUUUGUCCCGAGGAGACAUGAAGAGUGUGACUGCAGCGCCACCUGUAGGUGGUCCUCUCAGGGGCAAGAGGAGAAACCCAAUGAACGAUCCUACUGGGCUUUUGGAUAUUUUUAGGGCAGAUACGAUGAGGAUAAGGAGCUUCAUUCAUUUCCACAGCAACAGGAUACAAAAAAAGAGACAAAAGAGAGGGGAAUCAUUCUUUACCAAUAAGUCAGCUAUAAGGAAAACGGCAGAGGACUGUGGCCUUCUGUAGGAGCGCCAACAAAGAGCCAGCUCACGACCCCGUCCGCCUACACACUCCCUCUCUCAAAGACUGCGGUGGACAAUCACGAUUGAAAGAGGCGCCACUUGAAGAACAUGGCUCCCAGAGGAAGGAUCGCCGUGACAACCGCUCUCCUCUGCUUCAUACUGGCCCUGCUCGGUCCGGCUCCAGCUGCGUUGGGUUCCAAUGCGGGAAAAGCCUGUGGCACCAGCUACAAUAGGAAGCCGGUACCCUUCCAGCGUAUAAGGGGCUACAAAGAACAAACCACCAGGGAGAUUGUUUUCUACAUGGUUAAGAAGAAUGCAACAUGUGCCGUGCACGCAAAGAUGAGUGGUUUGAAACUGAAGAAGACGUCCAAGGCCGGCACCGCUGGAGAUUGGACUCCAAUGAGAAAAGUGGAUCUUUUGUCCCACAGAAGCCUUCCAGAAAAGAACCCACGGUUUCUAUUAGCGGAAAUCAGGUUUUGGUCUUUGGAAUUAAAUCAUUUGAGUUGUAGCAAUGCUGAUUUGAGAGAAUGUUUUACAGAAUUGAACAUAUUGGCUGUGCUUAAAAAGGGCGUGCAGAGCAGACACAAGCAUCACAUUGAAUUUAGCCAGAGACGAGCAAUGGCAAGUCUGGCUUUUGUCUCGCUUCUUCUUGUAGCUAUCGUGGUCUCCACAGCCUCAGCUCAAGUCUUGUGUCUUUAUUCAGGUGGUUUACCCAGUUGUUGUCAAAAAAUUCGAAACACUAGAAUCCAUCGAGGCUGCCUGAAGAGUUACUACAAACAACUCAAUCCGCCGUGCGCAAAAACAGCAAUAGUAUUUAUAACGGUGAAAGGCAAGAGGAUCUGCGCUGCCCCCGAGAACUGGUGGACAAAGAAAAGCAUGGCCUACCUGGACAGGAAGAAACCGGCCACUCCAACACGCACGCAACAUCAUUGCUCACCCAAAUUAAGCUAAAAUGAGGAGGCAAUAGCUCCCAAAUUUCUCUUCUCCCGUUUGAGUUCCAGACUGUUGAAUGUUUCACUAAGUGAAAUGAUACCUAUUAUAGCUGCCUUUUGUGUGUGAUGGUCCAAUUAUUUGAUUUUGUUUGAUGACUGUCAAUUUAUAAAUACUACUACUUACCGAAUAAAUGAAUUGUCACAAUGUCA